AUGAGGUGGUCCAACAUCACCUUCCUUCUACUCCCUUGCGUCAGCUUGACCUUCAGCGUGGGAGCAGUCCAAAUACCAUUCUUGAAAUUGAACGAUAAUGACCAAAUAUCAUUGUCAUCCGAUAUCACCAUCGACAAUCUGGCCGAGGACAUCGAUGCUGGUAUCAAAGAGAGGAUCGAAGUUAAGGAGGAUAAGUGGGAAUGUGAUGUCAGGUCAUGGGUCCGAGCACCUGAUCUUAGACCUUCAUCUGUCAUACCUGCGGAAACUAGAUUAUCAGCCAAUGGAUCAGAUUGUAAGGAUAUUGAGAAAUGGGAAGUAGGACUGAGGUUCAAGGAGAGAGCUAUCGUGAAGUUGAAGUCAAAAUCGCUUGAUGCCAAUGACUUCCCCAAAAAACCUACAUUCCCGAAAUUUAAUGAUACAUCAUACCCACAAUACGAUUUCAAUGAUAUUUACUUUGUGGGUGGGAAUUUGGGUAAAGACCCAUGGGACGAGUACAAUACUCAAAUGAAAGAGUACAACCUGGCCAUUAAGAAUGAAUCUCUAUGGGAUGUUGAUGGGUCCGAACGUAUCGUAUUCGAUAUUACGAAAGAGUUACCUUAUACACUCAAAGAUACAAAGAAUAUUAACGAGAUACACUCUUUCACGGUACAGGUCCCAAAUACCAAUUUCCCACCUGUUGAGAAGCACGGUGGUGGAUUCAUGUCAGGCGGUAACGGAGAUCAUCUUCUGAAUACAGAGACGUUGAUGGAAUACUAUCACCUCAUUCACCUGUCGAACGGUACCACCCUGGAUAUACCAGCAGGCAGAACAGGUUUCAUCCCCCGAAUCAAGUCAAGUUCCGAGAAGGAUAGGGAUGGCCACUUUUCAACCGAUAUCGACCUUGAUACCAACAGGAUACAAACUGGCGAGGAGCAAGAUGAUUUGGCCUGGAUGUUUGGCCGAGGCAGAUACGGUCCUAAUGCACCAGAUUGUGAUGAGAGCAAUAUGGCCAAUUUCCACAUUCAAGUCGGAUCGAAUAUGACAGAAGUCAUUCAAGGUCAAAAUAUCACUUUGAACUUUACCCUUACUAGAACAGGCAAUGGAAGUGAAUAUCCUGCGUAUCUACAAGUGGGAGCCGGUACCCAAAGGAAUGUGACUUGGGCGUACAAGUUUAUCAAUUCGGAUGACGAGUACCACACGUUAUUGGGAUUCGAUGGGGUGAAGAAUAGACAGAGGUUUGGCCCGCCGAUCAAUAUGCUUCAGCUUCCUAGUAGAAGAGAAUUGGAAAAUAUGAGAGACAGUAAAUUGCGUAUGUCCAUGUCUUACAGUAUUUCCGAUGGUCGAUUCCCACUGGAUUAUGGUCAAUCGAGAUAUGAUAUUGAGAUGAAUGACGAGGUUGGCAAGGAUGUGUAUCAGUUCCAAAUGGAGGUGACUAUCCCGGACGACCAUUUCCCUUCUUUCGAUAGUACUUUCGAAUCUUAUCGCUCGAUGCUCGAAUUCAGAUUGACGACUAUAUUCCUAUGCGAGCCUUUGGAUCCAUAUACCGCCAAAUCCGAGGACACUCAAAGUGAAGAUGAUGAUUGGACUGAAUAUGAAUUAACCUCAAGAGAGAAUAAGAAGAAACUUCGAGUUGGCACUCAUCUUACUCAUACUGGAUCCAUUCCAAUCCAUCUCGCCUUGACAACGAGACAUACCACCGCGGACGAGGCUGCUCCUGCUCCUACGCAUUAUCUCGAUCCAGACGCUCUUGGACCUGUCAUACUCCUUCCGAGCCAACAAAAUUCGCAAGAGCAUAGUAGAUUGGGUGUGAUGAAAGAAGAAAGUAAAGAUCAACUUCGCAAGAACCGAUACUCUUCCGCGAGAUAUGACCGAUACAGACCUGGCAAUAUUGGUGGUGGAUUUUUACAUGCUGCCAGACUUUGGCAAAAGAAGGAGAGCAAGGAUACUUAA